GUCCAUAAUAGCGCGCAUCCCAGAAAUAGAGUAGAAUGGCUGGGUAGAAAAAAACUAUCUAACAUCCACAUUCUACGUCUGAAACUUUUAUCGAUCCACACUCUGUACAUUUCUUUUCUUCUUGUUCGGUGUUUUCAAACAUUUCGUGUUCAUCGAUAUCUAGCUCAGGAGUUGGACGAAAGAGUGGUUUUUCGUCGUCGCAGCCGUUGAAACAUUUCCGCCGUUGAAACAUUUCCUGUUCCUAUAUUGCGCAGCAGUUGUCAAAACACUAUGAAGUUAGAGGUGCUGAAGCAGUCCACUUUUGAUGUUAUUAAAAGAAAUGGUCGCAUAGUUUUGGCAACUAUGCACGAACAGGAACUGCCUCCCUCUCCCAGGAAUGAAAUUUGGACUAACAUAGACUACGAAACAUUCAAACAAGAUGAAAAUCAACUCAUUCAAGUCAUUAGACACGGGCGCUGUUAUUAUGCCGGACCGGAGGAAACAAAGAAAGAUAUGGGUUUGGCCUCCCUAACCACCAGCCAACAUGACAGCGCAUCCAGUGCCGCAGCAUCCUCCCCACCCGCCGCCGCCACACCGCCUGGGCUGGCGCUAUGUGGAGGGGCUUUGUGCGGAGCUGCCCUCUUCGCAUCUCUCUGCUUUUCUACCACAGCAGAAGGACGAAAACAAAUUCUUGAGAUUCUGAAGUGUGUGAAGGAUGUCCAAUCGGGGAUCACGACCAUAAAGAGCAUCGCUGAGUGGUGGGCAUAGUUCGGGCUUAGAUUUGUUCAGUACAAGCCAUUCUUUAUAAGUUGCUGGAUCUGUAGCACCAGAGUACUUCGCGCCACAACCAUCUCCAUUCGCCAUUCGGCUUCUAGUAUUUGUUCUGAAGUAGUUUUUGUUUUGGUCAUCGUUCUCUUCUCUGAAAAAAACAGAGUGUUUUUUUCAUUCAAAAUCUUUUACGUUAUACGUAGUACGAAGUAUAGUAUAAUAGUUUUUGCUUUUCAUUUUAAGAAAUUUGGAUUUGACAUCAUGACAUGUGAUAUACGAAGUAUGGCGUAAUGAGUAUGCAGAAAAAUAUGUCAGCGGGGCCAUUUUACCUUUGAUUAA